CUCCUCAGUCGCUUCGUUCAUCUCCGUAGUGCGUAGCCUCUAAAUUUGACAUUUGAGAAAGCUAGGUUAUGUUAAAAUUUCUCCAAAAUGUUUAAUUUUAUAUCAUCUGUAAAAUGUGCAGUAUGUCUAGGCCCCCGUCAGUUUGUAAGACAGCGAAUUAAAUUACCUUUAAUUAAAUUCAUUCAUGACACGGUUAAAUUAUAUAAAACACGGACACAAACCGGAGUCAACAAUGUCAGAGAAAUUCUAUUCCGGGGCACUGUUGUGGCUUUAAUAACAGCGCUUUUAGUUUGGUUGGCUAUUUUCAUGUAUAUUGCUUUUUAUUACGCCUACGUGCCUACGAUUUCCCAUGAACGGCCUGUUUAUCUCAAGUUUAGAUCUUGUGAUAAGGAGUCAUGUGUUGCUAGUAGUGGAAAUAAAGCCAUUUGUAGUUUCCCUUCCGCUCAUAUAAAAUUAACUGAACGUCAAAGGCUUCUCAUGCUAGGACAACCAUACAAAAUUCAUCUAGAUUUAGAAAUGCCUGAAUCUCCCACAAAUCGAGAUCUUGGAAUGUUUAUGGUGUGUGCCGACUUUGUUGGAAGUGAUGGCAAAACACUGAUCAACUCUUGCCGGUCUACAAUGUUGCAUUAUCGUGGAUUCUUACUCGAUACCCUUUAUAAAAUAGUAUUUAGCCCUUUCUUUGUGUUUGGUAGUGCUGAAGAGAAACAAAACAUACACGUUGAACUAUUUUCAGAUUUUGAAGAAGUUGAAAGUGAACCAGUUACUGAUAUUUUUAUUGAAAUUCAGACCAGACAUAUUGAGAUUUAUUCUGCUAGAUUUUUAAUUAAUGCCCACUUUACCGGACUAAGAUUUUUGAUGUACAAUUGGCCGGUCUUCUCUGCUGCUAUUGGUAUCACCUCAAACUUGGUCUUCAUUGCGAUAGUUUGCAUGAUAAGUUGGUACCAAAUUAUUAAUUCUGAGGAAUAUCUCCAGUUGCUUCAAAGUCAAAUUGAUCAAAAACAAUUGAAAGACUUUGACAGUGGUUCUUCUAGUUCGUCUCUUGAUGAAGAUACAUCAUUGUUACAUGAAAAUCUAAGAUUUCGGAAAGGCAGAAGUGAUAGUAAAGAUUUUAUUGAAGACAUUCGAGAUAUGGAUUGUUAAAGUGUUUUAGAACUGUUAAAUUUAUGUAUGUCAUUCCUAAGAUACCAAAGAUUGUACUUUUUAACAUUUUUUUUCAUAUCUCUCUAUAUUUUUAUUGUAUAUUAAAGUUGUAUCACUUAAUAAAAUUGUUAUUUUCAUUAAUACAAUAAGAAUUAGUAAAACACAAAGCUAGUUUACACGAUAUCUGUUAGAUAUUAGAUUUUUCAGUUGUUUUCGACUAAUUUUAGGUUGCUGAUGCAUAGGUUUUUUUCUAGUUUUUGAGUUACAACAUCAGUAAAAUAAAACUAUUUGUUAAUAAAUAAAACGUGAAUUAGGUAUUUUC